AUGAAGCAACUGAGGGUGCUGAAGCUGAACCGUGUUGAGGUGGAAUGGGGGCCUGCAGGGAGAAGCAGGUUGACGUUCGUGCAGCAGAUGAUGGAGCAGGUGGAGCAGGUGGAGCAGGUGGAACAACAUUUUGAAGGAGGAAGGUUGGAGCUGCCAAGCACUUUGUCUUCUCUCCCUCGUCUGCGCAGCUUGUUGAGUGAACAGCUGGAGCUGCUGCAGCCGCUGGAACAAAUCGAGCAGGUGAAGCAGCUGCAGCAGCUGGAGCAGCUGGAGAUGCGCUUGGGAGGUGACAGUCAGAAGUUUCCAAUGCUGGAUGGCAAAGGGGUCUUUGAAGCUGGUGCCACGGCAGUGAAGCUGAUACCAUGCCACUGA